UCGUACACAGGAAGUCGAAAUAUCAGCUGAUCCCGCUGGCUGUUGUUGAUGCCUCUGAGUAGCCGUUGUUUGGACACCGUGUUGCUCUCCCCCGCUCCGGACGUUGAGGACAUUACACGCGAGACGGGGACACACCGGACUGUGGACACACACGGGACGGCAGUUUGAACAAUAACGGCAGCCUUUUUUUCCCGCUGCCAGAAUUUCACGUUUUAACGGUCGAAGCAGAAGCAGCAGAGCUGCCAGCGUCUGAGUGACGGUGGAAGGAAGAAAGAAAAAACAACAGAGGCAGCACCGUGUGCUCCCUUUUUGUUCAUGUCGUGCCAGUCUUUUUAGCGUUUUACCGUGUCUUGACAUUUUUAUUGAUACACCUUUAUUUAUUUUUUAACCCUAAACAAACGGGGAAUAGGUGAAAAUAGGCGACACUUAGCUUGUCGGCUAACGUUAGCUCACAGCGCAAAGAACCAGUGUUGUUGUUGUUGUGAAGCUCUGGUGCUUUCGUAACCGCCCGACGGUGACAGAUAAGGACGGCUCUGUCUGUGAGAAUACUGAUAGUUGGUGGAACGUCAGUCGUGUCCGUGGGUGUUUCUAACAUACACAAUUUGUUAGGCGCCGUUGGCGACAGGUUACAGUCGUUGUAGCCAAACAAACUGUCGUUCACUUUGUAAACUGUCGUAAGUUUAUGCACUCGAGUAUCGGCGUUUUUUUUUCCUCUCCCUGUAUCGAUUAUAAUAUAACGCAGAAAGGCAGCAGGUUCACUGCCACGUGUACUUUUAGUUGAUAGGUUGCGCAAUUUGUUUACCUGCAAGCUGUGAACCGACGUUGGACCCUGUUUUUAAUGUUGACACGUUUGACAUGUGACACAGUGAAUUCCCACCUCAGGACUGUGUGACUCAGUUGUUCGUUUAAUGAGUUAGAAUCAGAACUAGACAGAGUUGCCGUGAAUACUCUGAGGCAGUACUGUGAUCAGGGACAGACCAGUGGGGGGAGAGAAAAAACGGGGUCCCUCAGAGGGUCCCUCUUUGUCUUGGUGAGGCGAGCGGCCCCAACAUUACUUGCCAAUGCUGGAUCUGGAGGUGGUGCCUGAGAGAUCACUAGGAAAUGAGCAAUGGGAAUUCGCCUUAGGGAUGCCAUUGGCCCAGGCCAUCUCUAUUCUACAGAAACACUGCCGCAUCAUCAAAAAUGUCCAGGUGCUAUACAGUGAACAGACCCCCCCCAGCCAUGACCUUAUACUGAACCUGACUCAGGAUGGGAUUAAACUGCUGUUUGAUGCCACAAAUCAAAGACUGAAGGUGAUUGAAGUGUAUGACCUCAGCAAAGUCAAGUUGAAAUACUGUGGAGUCCAUUUCAACUCUCAGGCCAUCGCCCCCACCAUAGAGCAGAUAGACCAGUCGUUUGGAGCCACGCAUCCUGGAGUUUAUAAUGCAGCAGAGCAGUUGUUCCAUCUCAACUUCCGAGGACUUUCCUUCUCCUUCCAGUUAGACUCCUGGAAUGAAGCUCCAAAAUACGAGAUUCCACACGGGGCCAUGGUGAAGAGGAUGCACAUCUACACUGGCAACAACCUGCAGGAAACCAGAGCUCCAGUGAUGCCAUUGGCUUGUUUCCUUGGCAACAUCUAUGCAGAGUGUGUGGACGUCCUCAGAGACCAGGCCGGGCCUCUGGGACUCAGACUCCGCCUCCUCACUGCUGCCUGUGGUCCGGGCGUCAUGGCCGACUCCAAAGUCAGGCCCAUAGAGAAGAGCAUCUUCUUUGGAGACUCGUGUCAGGAUGUUCUCGGCGCUCUGGGCUCACCGCAUAAAGUCUUCUACAAGUCUGAGGACAAGAUGAAGAUCCACUCUCCAUCACCUCACAAACAGGUUCCUUCUAAAUGUAACGACUACUACUUCAACUACUUCACCCUGGGAGUGGACAUCCUGUUUGACUCCACGACUCACCUGGUGAAGAAGUUUGUUCUUCACACCAACUACCCUGGACAUUACAACUUCAACAUAUACCAUCGAUGUGACUUCCAGAUUCCACUGGUCAUCAGAAAAGAAGGAAGUGACUCUCAGACAGAAGACUGCGUCUUAACUACGUACAGCAAGUGGGACCAGGUUCAGGAACUGUUGGGUCAUCCAAUGGAGAAGCCCGUCGUGCUCCACAGGUCUUCUUCGGCCAAUAACACCAACCCGUUUGGCUCCACCUUCUGUUUCGGUCUGCGGAGGAUGAUCUUUGAGGUCAUGCAGAAUAACCACAUAGCAUCAGUGACCCUGUACGGUGCUCCACGGACCACCGGUCAACCCCGACCUGAGUCCAGCAGCAGUUCCCACUGAGCAAGUUUUCAGAACCACAUCCGGUCCUAAAUCUGGAACCUCUACCGACUGAUCCUCACCUUGAGACCUAACCUAGGAAAUCAGAGCUAUUCUUUCACCAGUCAUUGAGCAGAGACGUGACAGGAAACCAACAUCGGCCAGAAGCACCCACAUCCGACCAGACAUCCGACCAGACAUCCAGUCAGCUUCCCAGUGUGUCGACCAGGAUUUACUCCGUCGUUCAGACACGAUCAGCUCAAACCAUGACAGCACCGGGAUCUGUGGAGGAAACCUUUUUGGAAGUACAAGUGCGUUGAUGUGAGAAGCCACUGCUCAGCGACGGCGUCCGUCCAGGACCACAGAGGACGAUGGACGGUCAUUUGGACGCCACAGUUCGUAUCAUUGUGGUUUUGUUUCGUCGCUAAAGUGUUGCAACGUCAAAGAUGGAGGUUUAAAAAAAGACGGCGACUCUUCACACCCGCUGAUGAAACACCAGACCAUAGACGGUGCCAGGCCAAGACUUCAAGACUUCAAGAGUCGACUGGACUCAGUAAACAAAACAGAAAUCCAGUCGACAAGGACCCGACCCAGUCAGACCCCGAGAUGUCGGCGCCGAACACAGAGAGCUGAAACCAAGAGCAGGAAGACGACGGCAGUCCAGAUCGUUGGUGGUACAAGAAGAAGAAGAAGAAGAAGAAGAAGUGGACGAGCCAAUCAGAACAGAGCCUGAAGGUUCUUCAGACAGAAAGAUCCUCCCCCUGAUCAUCAUCAUCAUCUCCACCUUUAUCUACUUUAUGUUGU